AUGGCAGAGUACGCCACACUAAGCGAGGCUCUACCUAGACAGCAGCUGCCGUCCCCUCCCUCCAGACCCAGCGACGCAGCUGCCGAGCCAAUGGCCGCCUCCAAGCAGUACCGAGUCAAGAACGUCGACAUGAAGGGAAGAAUCAUACACGUCGGGUUCCUCGAGGUCUCGGAGAUCGGCGUCACGUUCAGUUUCGAGCACUACCCGGCAGAGGCCAUCCACUGGCCGCUCAACUGCAUCAGACGCUACGGAGUGAACGCAGUCACUGGCGUUCUCGCACUGGAGGUCGGGCGGCGCGCACCCACGGGCGAGGGGCACUUCGGUUUCCGAGCGGACGAGGCGGACGAGAUCUGCACCGUGUUGGACCACUUUACCAGCUCCAGCGGUCGCCUGUGGCAGGUCUAGACCGGCGCGACUCUUCCUUCUCCGUCCCUAGUUCGUGUGUCGUUGCGUAACGUGUGUCGUCCGUGUUCGUUUCUCGUGUUUGUGUGGAGCGGGCCCCACACCACUGGCCCGCUACGUACUCCGUGGUGUGUUCGACCCUUGUUUUGUCAACCUUACUGUUUACCAACAAAGCCCACUCACUUCACCCAGAGUUGUUUUUCGUUUUCUUGAAUAGCCACAGGAAAAAUUAUGUUGCAUUGCAAUAACAUGUAUUGUUGAAAAUUUUAAAAAUAAUCCAAAAUCAUUG